AACUCAAAAUCCUCUGCUGCAAGAGUUGCAAAAUUUUGGCGGGAAAAAGCAGUAGUAACUCGGGAUUUGUUCUGGUUAAAAUGUCUAAUUGUAUAUCCAUCAAAUCAAAAUUCUCAGCAUUUGACUAAUUUCAAUUCUGUUCUUGAAGAAAAAGAAAGAAGUGGGAGCGAGAAUGGAAAACCCUAGCAGUGGUCAAAGAUGGAACAGCGCAGGGGUAGAAGAUAACAUGCUAGCCAUGUUUGAUGCCUCAGAAGCUAAAGAUGCUCAUGAAGAUGCCCUCGAUGAUCGGAUUGCUUUUUUGGAUGCUGUUCGAGCUUCUAUUGCUCUUGGACAUGGAAAGCCACCCACUAAAAAAAUAUUUGGGGCAGUCUUCCAUACGUUGAGGACGGGGAAGACCAUAGAGCUGAUAAUGGCGAGUUAUAAGCUUCUGGUUGAUUUAGAAAAGCACUUCCCUCGUGUGUAUCUAUCUGGCAGAGAUAAUUCCCAAUCACCCUCUAACUCGCCAUCAAAGUUGGUUGUAGUUGAAAAGGCAUGGUAUCCCAUUAUUGGCCUUGAUAAUGCAACUGCUGUCACUGAAGCAGGUAACAAACAGUCCGGUGGACCUCUUGAUCCCUCUAGCUUUCAACUCAUGAUUGAAGAUCUCGCUGAAGUUUUAACUGAGGACGAAUUUCAAACAUCAAGUGUGAAGACCCUGCAGAAAUGGUUACUCUUCCAAUAUCUUGUGAUUGUUUUCCAAGGCGAUUUUCUCUCUCGUAAUGCAACCAUGGACUGGAGUAUGCAGAGGGAAUCUUUGCUCCACAAGUUACUGGGAUCUAGGAAAAUAAAUUACAAAAACUUGAUGAAAGACUGUCUGAAAGUUAUUUGUCAACUAUGUCAACUUCUUCAAAAAGAACUCGGUGAACAUCUAGAGCUUCAAAGGAGUUCUGAAUCUCAGUUAUCCAAAAAUUGUGUUACUGCAUUAUCUCUUGCCUUACAUGAAGUAUUAAAGAACACAUGUAUCUCUAUGGACAAACUUUUGGUGAUGAUCAUGGACCUUGAUAUGUCUAGGAAGAAAGCAGAUAUUGAAGGUCGUACUUCAAGAGCUGAUAGUCCAAGAACACCUUUGAUCGACAUAAUUCUGGAUGAACUAGCUUACAGCAAAGAUACUGUUCCCCUUUUCCUCGAGAUCUUCAGUGAACCUAAAUGGAAGCUGGAAAUAAUUGUACAGUAUCUCUGGAGAUACAUAACCAAGCCUUCUGUUCGCACUCGUAGGACAAACAAUUGUACUGAAGAUGCAACAUUUGAUGAGGCUUUGAAGUGCUUUUCAAAUAAAACAGGCACUAAGAGCACAAUAAAAAAAAUUGGUGCAGAUGUAAUUCAGUUACUUCUAGCUCAUGGUUUUCAGGCUCAGUUGUUGAUAUUGUCAGAAAGAAAUGAAGAUGGCAACAUAUCUGAGGACAAAGAAGAGGGAGCCAAAACUGUUGUGCAUUUCUGCCAGACAUUAAUUUCUGCUUUUGAGAGUUUGAUAAGCACAGAUGAGCAUGCGGAGAUCCUGUCGAUUGGAAAAGAGGCGCUAUUUACUGCUGCAACUAUUAUCUCCAUGAAGUCAUAGGAGCCUAAGUAACUGCUUUGAAUUGAUUAACGUAUUCUGUGAUUCUGUCUGAUACAACAAGAUCAACCAACUCUAUUCUAUAUUGACUUGAUUAACUCAUUCUUUUUGCAUAGUUGUAGGCUUUAUGUUAAUUAAA